AUUCACCACUAUCUGCUCUCAUGGCUUUGCACUGCACACUGCUUCCUAUACUGUCAGCCACCACAGCACAGGAACAGCUAACCACAUCCAACUGGAACCAUGCAGUCUGCCGAAGCCAAAUUCAACAAAAACAGCCUGCUCUUGGCUCUGAGGCGAUACAGCUCAGCUGUUAGCGACAUGGAGCAGACCAUCCUCCUGCCGAGCCUGCUGCGAGAUGUACCCUCUGAUGAGGCGUGGGACUGUGAAGCAGCAGAGGAGUCCUGCAGAGACCUGUAUGGCACCUAUCAGCUGCUCAAAGCCAUAAGAAACACCGUGGAGAGCAACCUGGGUCUCCUGGAUGACCACAAGUCCAAGAACACAGUGCUCAACAAGACCCUGGAGCCUCUCUUGGACACAGAUCCUGAAGGUCUCUUCCGCUUCCACCUGACAGGACUGUUUUCUGUGAUGAUUGACCUCACCAAGAAGACUCAAAGCCUCACAGAGAAAUAUAUGGACAUCAUUGGAGUGGCAAAUUAGAAACAUGUAAGAUACAUGGACAUAAAGCAAAAUACCUGGUGUUUGUAAAAGUGCUGUGGCAAAGUCAUCUGAACAUCCCAAAUGUCCGCACUGUUUGCACUCAGUGACUUCUAACUUAAUGAAAAUGGAAUAAACGUGCAUUGUCAAUACUGAUCAAUUUGAUCUCUUCAUUUGCUGACUGUUAUAGUCUCUUGGAAACUGUGGUUUAAGAGUAUGGCAAAUGUUGACUGAUUAAAUGAUCAUGAAAAAACA